AUGGAGCGUUUCUCUGCUGCCGUCGAACUACCCCGCGACGUUUGGUUAGCCAUAGACAUUAAAGUCCUAUCAAACUCCAUUGAGGACCUGUGCAGGUUCCGUAUGACGUGUUGCGCUGCGCGCGAUGCAGGCGAGGAGGAUACUGUGCUCAGGAUGGUUUCUAUACCACCCCCGCAUGACGUGAAGUGGUGGUGGAGGCGCGACCCAAUAGGACGAAGAUUUUUCGAUAGGUGCUUUGAGAUUGGUCACCCGAAGCUUCUGUUUCGGGAGGUGCUGCGGGUGAUCUACAUACGAUGUAACCACGCCAUCGGAUGGGAAAUGCUGCAGAAUGCAGCAAGCAAUGGAUUCAACGCUGCCUAG